AUGGUGUCCAUGGCGUCCCGCACCGUCAUUCCCAUUGACAAGAACUGGCAGUUCAAACAGGCCGACAAGCAAGGUGGCGACGAGUACCGCGCCGUAUCUCAGUUCCCUACCAAUGUCCAUCUGGAUCUUAUGCACCAUGGCCUCAUCCCGGACCCGUUCAUCGGCAAGAACGAGAACAACGUCCAAUGGGUCGGCGAGGCGCAAUGGACAUACAGGACGACCUUUGCCAGUCCAGAGGUCAAGGCUGGCGCCAAAGCCGUUCUAGCAUUUGACGGACUCGACACCUUUGCUACUGUCACACUGAAUGGCAAGGUCAUCCUCGAGAUUGACAGCAUGUUUCUUCCCGAGCGCGUCGACGUCACAACGCACCUAUCUCAUAGCGGCGACAACGAGCUGGUCAUCACAUUUGAUAGCGCCUACCUGCGUGGCUGGAAACGCGUCGAGCAGUUCCCUGAGCACGUAUGGAGCUGCUGGAAUGGGGACAGCUCUCGUUUAGCAGUCAGAAAGGCUCAAUACCACUGGGGAUGGGACUGGGGCCCUGCUUUGAUCACCUGUGGCCCUUGGAGACCCGUAAACCUCGAAAUAUACGAGUCCAGGCUGACUGAUCUGUAUACGAAUAUCGACAUUGAUGACUGUCUUAAACGCGCCAAAGUCACUGCGCACGCAACAACAGAGGGGACCGGGGCAACGCAUGUCCGCGUUGAUGUGUCCCUCGACGGCAAGUAUGUGGCCUCUGAAACGAUCCCCGCCACCAGCACUGCUUCGGUCACUUUCCAUAUUGCAAACCCUGAGCUGUGGUAUCCUAUCAGAUAUGGCAAGCAGCCACUCUACACCAUCAAGGCAACGCUCCUUGCCGACGGCACUACCAUUGACACCAUCUCCAAAAAGAUUGGUCUGCGCCGCGCCCGUCUUGUCGAGCACGCGCUCGAAGACCAGCCGGGUACCAGUUUUUUCUUUGAAAUCAACAACAUUCCAAUUUUCUGCGGCGGCAGCAACUGGAUUCCUGCGGAUAACUUCAUUCCUCGCAUCUCGCCGAAAAGAUACCGCGACUGGGUCAAGCUGGUCGCUGAUGGCAACCAGUUCAUGAUCCGAGUUUGGGGCGGUGGGCUCUACGAGGAGGCGGAAUUCUAUGAAGCAUGCGAUGAGAUGGGCAUUCUUGUCUGGCAUGACUUUAUGUUUGGCUGCGGCAACUACCCUGUCUGGCCCGAGAUGCUGGAGUCCAUUGAUCGCGAAGCCAGGGUCAACGUCACUCGGCUGCGUCAUCACCCUUCCAUUGUGAUCUGGGCCGGCAACAAUGAAGACUACCAGCUUGCGGAGUCGGAACCACUCGGCUAUGAUCGCAAAGACAUGAAUGAGGCUAAUUGGCUGAAAUCCAAAUUCCCAGCCCGCUACAUUUACGAAAAGGUGCUCGCAGACGUAUGCAGAGACCUCAUUCCGGAUGUGCCAUACCACUACGGCAGCCCUUGGGGUGGCAAGGCCACCACUGACCCCACGAUCGGAGACAUUCACCAGUGGAAUGUGUGGCAUGGCUCGCAGGAGAAGUACCAAAAUUUUGACAAGUUGGUCGGUCGCUUUGUUUCAGAGUUUGGUAUGGAGGCAUUCCCAUCCGUCAAGACCAUCGACGCGUACUUACCCGAGGGCAAAAACGACCCUGAACGCUAUCCACAGUCCUCCACCGUUGACUUUCACAACAAGGCUGCCGGUCAUGAGCGCAGAUUAGCUCUCUACUUGGUAGAGAACAUGCGUUAUGGUCCUGAUCCCCUCGAACAAUACGUCUACUCCACCCAGCUGAUGCAGGCCGAAUGCCUUGCCUCGGCGUAUCGCCUGUGGAAGCGUGAGUGGAAGGGUCCCGGCCGAGAAUACUGCGGUGGCGCGCUGGUUUGGCAGAUCAACGACUGCUGGCCCGUCAGCUCGUGGGCCAUUUGCGAUUACUACCUUCGUCCCAAGCAUGCCUACUACACCGUCAAAAGAGAGAUGGCGUCCAUCUCAAUUGGCAUGACCAGAAGGGAACAUCAGUAUCCCAGAGACAAAUAUACAAGAGCGCAUAUCGACACUAAGACCAAGAUUGAGAUUUGGGGCUCCAACCUGAUGCUGGAGGAUCUGACCGUUGACUGCGUAGUCAAAGCGUGGGACGUCGAGACCGGUAAGGAGACCUUUUCUAAGAAUGUGGUAAAGUUCAUGGUGCUGCCCUCAAAUCGCUCAACGGAAAUCUACGCCAUGGAUGUUCCUGUCAGCGCCCCUGGCCUGGAGAGUCGCACCGUCGUAGCGGCGUAUCUCUUCCGGGACGGGAAGCAAAUUGCGCGAUACGUCAACUGGCCCGAACCUCUCAAGUACUUGCACCUCCAAAAGCCUCAGCACCUCACGGCGGAGCUCUCUUCGGACCUCAAGUCGGUCGCCGUCAAGGCCGAGGUUCCGGUUAAGGGCGUCGCGGUGGAAUGUGAGGAGGACGGCGUCACGUUUGAUGACAACCUGGUCGACAUUGUACCUGGCGAGGUCGUCCACAUCGGUGUCGGCGGUGCUUCGCAGAACACAGUCAUUGCUACACGUUACCUCAACAUGCUCAGCUAG